AUAUCGUUUUCUCCACAGGUUAAAUUUCAUAUAAUAUCCCAGCAUAAGCUUAGAAGAUGUGGCGGUUUAAAUAUUUCUUCACUGUCAUACCUCAACAUGGAGCAGCUUACGAAAGCAUUGGUGACUUUAUUUAAUCUUUAUGAAGCAAAUCGAACUUCAGAAUCCAUCUUUGAAAAUGAAGCUGAAUUUUUUUCCUUUUAUGUACUUCUCCACCUUGAUUCUAAAACCCAAGGAACAGGGGAGACACUAUCUUUAUGGUUCUGCCGUGUUCCUUCUCACAUUAUGAAGUCAACAGAAAUGAAUUUUGCUCGGAAGAUCUUGAGAUACUUUAAAUUGGGCUUCUACAAGAAAUUUAUCCAUAUAACAGAGUCCGAAGCAUCCUACCUGCAGUAUUGCAUUAUUGAACCUUCUAUCAAUGAGGUUCGAGCACUAGCUAUUUCCUGUGUGAAUUACGGAGGAUACAAGCUUCAGCCUUUUCCCCUGGCAGCUCUUUCCAAAUUCCUAAUGAUGAAGGAAUGGGAGUUAGAAUCUUUCUGCAAUGACAGUGGCCUUCAGACCUCCAUCGAUGAAGAAGGAAAUAGUUGCUUGCCUACCAAGCAAACAACUCUUAUCUAUCCAAAAGGAGGGUUGCACAAGUAUUAUCCUCUGGAGUCAGAACGGUUCGAGAGGUUAUCUGUUGAGCUGUAAGAGCUUUGAUGGUCGAGACACGAAAAGUUGUGUGUGAAAAUCAUUCAAUUUGCUUGGUCAAGCUAGUUUGAGACUUCAGAUUCAGCAUAAGAAGAGCUCUAGAUCUAGUUUACGUGACAGUAUUCUGAUCUUCAUACAUACCUCAUUUUGAAAGUAAUGUGCAUCACCAAAAGAUCCUCAGACCAUUCCAUUUAGAUGUGUUUUAAGGUUUGUAUUUUGCAUACUUCUUGAAUUUAGUAGUCUAUUUCUCUCCCUCCUCCCCCUUUCCUUUUUUCCCUCAUGAGGCAUUGUAUCAUAAUUCCUGUCACUUUAUGCCUUACAGAAAAGAACAAGAAAGAACAAAGUUGGGCGAAUAGUUGUGCUUACAAAUAUGUUUCUUAUACAAGAGUCUUAGUUGAUGGGAUAAA